AUGGAGAAGGCUGGGGCUCACUUGAAGGGCGGGGCCAAGAGGGUCAUCAUCUCUGCUCCUUCUGCCAAUGCCCCCAUGUUCGUGAUGGGUGUGAACCAUGAGAAGUAUGACAACUCCCUCAUGAUUGUCAGCAAUGCCUCCUGCACCAUCAACUGCUCGGCUCCUCUGGCCAAGGUCAUCCAUGACAACUUUGGCAUCGUGGAGGGAUUCAUGACCACCGUCCUUGUCAUCACUGCCACCCAGAAGACCAUGGACAGCCCCUCUGGGAAGCUGUGGCACGACAGCCAAGGGGCUGCCCAGAACAUCAUCCCUGCUUCCACUGGCGCUGCCAAGGCUGUGGGCAAGGUCAUCCCUGAGCUGAACGGGAAGCUCACUUGCAUGGCCUUCCAUGUCCUCACCCCCAACGUGUCUAUCGUGGAUCUGACUUAA